AUGAAGAAGCACCUGGGCACCUGGGGGUUGGCUAUUGUCUGUGUCCUGCUCUUCAACCAUCUCUCCGCCAUCAAGGCGAGGGGCAUCAAGCACAGAAUCAAGUGGAACCGGAAGUCUGUGCCCAGCACCGUCCAGAUCACAGAAGCCCAGGUAGCCCAGAACCCCCCAGGAGCCUUCAUCAAGCAAGGCCGAAAGCUCCACAUCGACUUCGGAGCUGAGGGCAACAAGUACUACGAGGCCAACUACUGGCAGUUCCCUGACGGGAUCUACUACGACGGCUGCUCCGAAGCCAACGUGACCAAGGAGGUGUUCAUCGCCAAGUGCAUCAAUGCUACCCAGGCAGCCAACCAGGCCGAGUUUUCCAGGGAGAAACAGGACAAUAAGCUUCACCAGCGGGUCCUGUGGCGGCUGAUCAAAGAGCUCUGCUCAGUCAAGCACUGCGACUUCUGGUUGGAAGGGGGAGCCGGAUUCCAUCUCUCCGUGGACCAGCCAGUGAUGCUCUGCCUGCUGGUCUUCAUUUGGCUCAUUGUGAAAUAA